GAUAGAAUUUUUUUUCUCCGAAAUUCAUAGAUUUUCCUCUAUUGCCAUUUCAGUCUCUUCGUUUUCAAGAGAAGCAUAUAUUCCUCCCGAGUUCGCGCGUUUUUCCAUCCCUCUCUGCUAGGGUUCGCCACCGACAGACUAUCGGAUCCAUGUAAUUGGGAGUGGUAACUGAGUAGGAUGAUGUAGUAGUAAUGAAGAUCCUAAGAAUAUUUCCAUUCAUCUGCACUUGCUUUUGAUCGUAGAAUGUGCAGUGGAUAGAAGUAUAGAGAAAUGGAAGACUUUGGAGACCCCGAAUCUAUGUUUCAGAGUUGGAUUGUGAAGGAUCCGUCAGAAAUGGCAGAAUCUCGGCUUUUCAUUUUAACCUGUGUGGUUGCGGGAUUAGUAGGGAUUUUGACCAUUUUUUACACGGCUUUCCAAUGGAGAAGGAAUAUAAACUUGGGCUGGAUGAAAGCCAUUGCUAGGUCGAAGAAACACCCGAAAGCAAAACCUAAAGCUCCUGCUUCCCCACACAUUUGGGACCGGGAGGAUGUUUCUCGUGGGAAAAAUCUAAACUGUUUUGUAUGUUUAAAGUCAAUUUCUCCCUCACAGACGCUUGGCCCUAUGGUUACUCCAGAGUGUGUAUUUAAUAGGUGCAGCAUAUGUGGUGCAGCAGCUCACCUGCGUUGCUCAUCAAGUGCUCAAAAGGAUUGCAAGUGUGUGUCUAUGAUUGGGUAUCAGCACGUGGUGCAUCAGUGGGCAGUGCGGUGGACAGAAAUAGCUGACCAACCAUUUGAGACUUCAUUUUGCAGGUACUGCGAAGAGCCAUGCAGUGGAUCACCUAUAUGGUGCUGCUUAUGGUGCCAGCGUUUGGUUCAUGUUGAUUGCCAUAGUAGUAGUAUGUCUAAUGAGACUGAUGACUCGUGUGACUUGGGGCCUUUCAGAAGGCUUAUUGUGUCACCGCUUUAUGUUAAAGAAUUACAUCGUACUUCUUCGGGUGGGUUGCUUAGCUCCAUCACUCACGGUGCCAAUGAGUUUGCAUCAUCUGUUCGUGCUACUAUUAGAAGUCAAAGCAAGAAGUACAAGCAUGGAAAUGAGAAACACAUGAGUGAGGACUCUGCAGGAACAGGGAAUGGCAAUCCUGUUGGCGAUAUAUCAAGUGAAAGCAUUGCUGACACUAGUCUGGCAGUAAAUGGAUCGCAUAUAAUGGAGGAGAAUUGUAAUGGUGGUAUGCAUGCAGAGAGUGUUGAAAAGGAGCGUGAUGGUGAUAUUAAGAAUCCUGAACCCAAAGCCAAGCUAAAAAAAAGUCCAUCAGUUAAUAAAAAAGAUGAUACCCAACCUAUAGGGAUGAGACUGAAAUAUGAGGUGACUGAUUUGCCUUCAGAUGUUAGACCUCUGCUAAUUUUCAUUAACAAGAAAAGUGGAGCACAACGAGGAGAUUCACUUAGGCGACGCUUAAGCGUCCUUCUAAAUCCUGUGCAGGUAUUUGAGUUGAGCUCGACACAGGGACCAGAAGCUGGUCUCUUUUUGUUCAGAAAGGUACUACACUUCAGAAUUCUAGUAUGUGGAGGUGAUGGUACUGUUGGUUGGGUUUUAAAUGCUAUAGACAAGCAAAAUUUUGUAUCACCCCCACCAAUGGCAAUACUUCCAGCUGGGACAGGAAAUGAUUUGGCUCGAGUUCUUUCUUGGGGUGGUGGUUUGGGUUCAGUUGAGAGACAAGGAGGUCUUUGUACACUUAUGCGUGAUAUCGAACAAGCUGCAGUCACCGUACUUGAUCGGUGGAAAGUCUCAAUUCUUGAUCAACAAGGAAAGCAGUUUCAACCACCAAAGUUCAUGAAUAAUUACCUUGGGGUUGGCUGUGAUGCAAAGGUUGCACUGGAAAUACAUAAUCUGAGGGAGGAGAACCCAGAAAAGUUCUACAAUCAGUUCAUGAACAAAGUUCUUUAUGCUAGAGAAGGUGCCAGGAGUAUCAUGGACAGGACUUUUGCAGAUUUUCCUUGGCAAGUCCGAGUGGAAGUAGAUGGCGUUGAGAUUGAGGUUCCUGAGGAUGCAGAGGGGGUUCUUGUUGCUAACAUUAGCAGUUACAUGGGAGGUGUGGAUCUGUGGCAGAAUGAGGAUGAAAGCUAUGAUAAUUUUUAUCCUCAAUCCAUGCAUGACAAGAUACUAGAGGUUGUCAGCAUUUCAGGGACAUGGCAUCUCGGGAAGCUGCAGGUAGGAUUAUCUAAAGCAAGGAGGCUUGCUCAGGGUCAGACCAUCAAAAUUCAACUUUUUGCUGCCUUUCCCGUUCAAAUAGAUGGAGAACCUUGGUAUCAACCACCCUGCACAUUGACCAUAACACACCAUGGGCAGGCAUUCAUGCUGAAGAGAGCAACAGAGGAGCCACUCGGUCACGCAGCUGCCAUAAUUGCUGAUGUACUUGAGAAUGCUGAGUCUAGUCAGGUGAUUAAUGCAUCACAGAAGCGGGCACUUCUCCAACAAAUGGCAUUGAAACUGUCCUAGACAUUUGUAUCUAUUAUAAAGAGUACACAUGUACUACAGGUUUUUUUCAAUUGCAUAGUCAUUACUGUUGAGUUAUAAUAGGUUGCCAUAGUUACUGUUGUGUAAAAAAAUUGCGAGUUCAGAGACAGGCGAGGGGGGAAUUUGUUUGUACACGAACUUGAAAAAGGUUGAUAGGAAGAUAGAAAUUUUGUUGGGGUGCUUACUAAACUUGUAAAUUUAUGCCCAAAAAAAUUAUGAAAUUGAGCUGGGGGUUCUAUUAACUUGUGUGAUACGUUUUAACUGUCUGUUUGUACAUCUCUAUUUGGACAUUAUGAUUGGCUGGCUAUCAUCGUAUGCAAAGGAAAGAUUGGCAACCUACACAUGGAUUGCCCAUGGGUAUCCGAUUCCG